UUCAAAAUUAAAACAUAUAAAGAAAACGGUCACCCAUCCUUUUUUCAUUCUCUGUUCCGCCCUAACGAGUCCUUACUAGUACUACCAAUGACAGUGCUAAACGCUUAAGCCUGAGCUGAGCGUGAGUGAGAUCUCUCAUCAUCCAGUCGGCCAGCCUCCCACCACCCUACUCGCGUGACAGCUUUUUUCAAUGACAAGGCUUUGUAAAACAAUCAGCAAAUUUUCAUGAAUCUAGUGAGAGUUACUUCUGCUUUGCAGUGCAGGUUCUUUUACUCAACAUUAGCAGCAUCUUCUUCAGUUCCAUGGAUCUCUCCCCUUCAGCUUUCAAAACCCAGUCCCCGAAAACCAGACCCUCCAACCGAUCUUGCAACCUUUUCCAUAGAUGGUCGGAGAAAAACCAAAUACAUUUCUCACGAAACUGCGAUCAACUUGAUCAUAAAUGAGAAAGAUCCACAACGUGCAUUGGAAAUAUUCAACACUGUCUCAGAGCAGAAUGGUUUCAAUCAUAACAAUGCAACCUAUUCAACUAUACUUCACAAGCUUGCCAUGUCCAAGAAGUUCCAGGCAGUUGAUACAAUUCUUCGUCAGAUGACCUAUGAAACUUGCAAAAUUCAUGAGCCUAUAUUCCUGACUCUCAUGAAGCAAUUUUCAAAGUCCUCUUUGGAUGAAAAAGUGCUUGAGAUAUUCUAUGCCAUCCAACCUAUUGUUCGGGAAAAGCCUUCAGUAAAAGCCAUCAGUACUUGUCUCAACAUCCUAGUUGAAGCGCACCGAGUUGAUUUGGCUCGACAGCUUCUCAUGCAUUCAAGGAAGAAUCUUAACUUGAAGCCAAAUACUUGCAUUUUCAAUAUAUUAGUUAAGCACCAUUGCAAGAAAGGGGAUAUUGACUCUGCCUUUGAGGUUGUGAAAGAAAUGAAGGUGGCCAAAAUUUCUUAUCCUAAUCUGAUUACAUACUCAACUUUGAUAAAUGGUCUCUGUGAAAGUGGGAAACUUAAAGAAGCAAUCCAACUUUUUGAGGAAAUGAUCUCAAAGGAUCAAAUCUUGCCUGAUGCCCUGACAUACAAUGUCUUGAUUAAUGGGUUUUGCCGCAAAGGUGACACUGACAAGGCAAAGAAGAUAAUGGAGUUCAUGAAAAGCAACGGAUUCGACCCAAAUAUAUACAACUACUCAGCCAUGAUAAAUGGUUUCUGUAAGAGGAGAAGAUUUGUGGAAGCUGAAGAGGUUUUUGAUGAGAUGAAAAACUUUGGUCUGAAACCUGACAAAAUUUGCUAUACAACUAUGAUUAAUUGCUUCAGUAGAGUUGGAAGGACAGAUAAAGCUAUGGACUUGCUGAAAGAGAUGAAAGAGAAAAAUUGCAGGCCUGAUGUAGUAACCUUUAACGUGAUACUUGGAGGACUCUGUAGGGAAGCUAAAUUUGAGGAAUCCCUUGAAAUGCUUGAAAAACUUCCUUACGAAGGUGUGUAUCUGAACAAGGGAAGUUACAGAAUUUUGUUGAAUUUCUUAUGUCAACAGAAUGAUCUUAAAAAGGCAACAGACUUGUUGGAUUUGAUGCUGGGAAGAGGGUUUGUCCCACAUUAUGCAACUUCAAAUGAGUUGCUACUUCGCCUUUGUAAUGCAGGAAUGGUAGAAGAGGCAGCCAUGGCCUUGCUUGGAUUGGUAGAACUGGGAUUUAAACCUGAGCCUGAUUCCUGGGCUUCAUUGGUUGAAUUGGUUUCUAGAGAAAGAAAGAAGUUGUCUGUGUUUCAACUACUUGACAAGUUAAUUUACUAAUUAGUUUUCUUAAGAUGCAUGUAAUCGUUACUUAUUUUUCCACUUAAAUUAUUGUUGCAAGAUAAAUAUUCAUAUGAGAUAUUGUGAAAUUCAAUACAAGCUUUAAAACCUUAA